GCUCUGUCCUCAAAGAAUUUCUGCGUUCAGACACACUACAUCAGUUUCAUCCACCUGCCAAGUCAAAGAGUUUCAGGGGGAAUUCAGAAAUGCUGAAAGCUCCAGAUGACGUUAUCAUGGAACAAGAGGACUCUGCUUCUCAAAAUGAAGAAACAACAAGUUGGGAUAUCAAUGACAUCAAACUUCCCCAGGAUGUGAAACAAACAGAUUGGUUUCAAGAAUGGCCAGAUUCCUAUGUAAAGCGUAUCUAUAGCUCGGAUGAUAAAAAUGCUCAGCGGCACCACAGUAGUUGGGCAAUGAGAAACACCAACAAUCACAACUCCCGUAUCUUAAAAAAGUCCUGUCUCGGUGUGGUGGUUUGCAGCAAUGAAUGCUCAACUCCUGAUGGGAGGAAGAUCUAUUUGAGACCAGCCAUAUGUGAUAAAGCUAGGCAAAAACAGCAGAGGAAAUGCUGUCCAAACUGCAAUGGGCCUUUGAAGCUUAUUUCUUGUCGAGGCCAUGGUGGUUAUCCUGUCACUAACUUCUGGAGGCAUGAAGGACCAUUCAUAUUUUUUCAGUCCAAAGGAGCACAUGAUCAUCCAAGACCAGAAACCAAGCUAGAAGCAGAAGCAAGAAGAUCACUCCAGAAAGCACUUACAGUUGUUUCCCCCACUUCUCCAAGACUAAAAAAAACUCGGGAGGCUGAGUCUUUAGCAGAUGAGAUUCAGAGUCAAGAAGCUCUGACUUUACAUCUUUCUGGUCAGGAAGACUAUAUAUCACCCAGUAAUUUCAACAGACAUUUACUAGACAACCCCCCACAAGAGCACAUGAUAAGUACCAGUUUGUCUCUUGCAAAAAACUAUGGCUUUGGAAGAUCCCCAUAUCUUACCGAACAUGCUCAGGUUACAAGAUCUAACACACUCUAUGACAAGUACAAAGAUGUUGGCAGUGGAGGAUGUGAUAUUGGAAGCCAAUCUAGACCUUCUGUUUAUAAUACAUGUGUUGGCUAUGAAGAGCCACAAAGUUGGAAUAAAAACGGAGUUUUGGGAAGAAAUCCAUGCAAUGAAAAAUUCUGCAAUGACUCUGCUUUGCCUUUGACUGAUUUGCAUCGUGAAAUCCUUUCUUCGCAAAACUGUAUUGAAUCCACUCUACAGCAUGUCCCUGUACCGCAUACAACAAAGGCUGGCUACUACCCCUUCAGGCCUAAUGUAGGCCUAUGUGGAGAGGAUUUUUAUGAAGGAAAAUCACAUAUGAACUAUAACAGCAGCUACAUCCCUCCCUCCUUGUACCAUCUCUCCCAAGAGGAUCCUUACCUUGUUAUGAACACUGUACAUCAGCAUUCGCUCCCCGUGAAAGGAACUGAAUGGGACUCUGAAGAAGAGCGAAAGUACCCCAGUCUGGAUUACUGCAACAAUGAAAUGUUUUUUAAUCUCUGUCCUUUGAGAUGAUCAUAUUUGAGUUUCCUGCCUUCCCUCCUGGGCUGGAUUCUGUACUCCCUGUUCUAGUUUGGAUAGCAUUUUACCUUCACUUUGUGUCCCCUCUGCAUUGGUGUAUUGCAGGAAGUGGGAUGAAGCGGUACAGCUCCCCUGCACAUCUUUGCACACCAGGGCAGAGGAAACAAAACAUAGUUCAGUUUAUCCCCUACUCCACUGGGGACCAAUCUCUUGGGCAGACAUGCCACAAAUUUGCCCCACAUCUCUAAGUGCUGUUCCAAUCCCCUUCCCCUGCCCAAGCAGCUUUCUGUCCCUGCCCUGUGCCACUCCAAUCCUCUUCCCCUGCUUUCUGUCCCUGCCCUGUGAUCCCUGCCUGAUCUUUACUUUCCUCUUUCUGCCCACUCAACUGCCCUGUUGUCUGCUCCCUGUCCCCUCCCCAGUCUGCUGUGUGCCACACCGAAAGGCUGCCCAAGCUAUAUGUGACACACAUGCCACAGGUUGGCCACCCCUGCCCUACUCCACCCCUGUGGGUAUGUUACCUACCCAAUUUAUGGACAUUUCCAUGCAGCUUGCCCUGCUGAUUCCUUUUAAGCUACUCUUUCUGUCAUUUAAGGCUCUAGCAAGCCCUUUAGUACAUCUUUCUCCUAUUCCAUCCCCUCCCCUGUUUAAACACCCCAGAACUUAGGGGUCUAAACACAGACUUCAUCAUUUCAACCCAUCUCCCCUCCCUAGUCUAAACAAGCAAUUCCCCAAAUGAUAUGUUGUAGUGUGACAUGCAGUAAAGAUUUUAUUGGCAUGAGUCAGGGAAGAGAGUAUUACAAAACAAAUGGUAAUAAAAACUUAAUAGUACCCCACUCCGUGACAUACUUGGUGUCUGUCAAACAGGUUCAGUCUGAUCAUUUGUUUUUUAUUUGCUUGACUUCAUCUCUUUAGAUUGCCUCUGCCUUUUCCACUUUUAAAUACUUUAGUUGCUGUGGAAACAAUCCUGUCAUAAGGGUGGAGUUUAGAGACAUUUACAAGAGCAAGAUAAUAUAUACUUACAGAAUGUUUCAAAAUUUAUGCUACAAUUUGGAAACAUAAGGAGCUAUAGUGGUUUUUUAUGAUAUAUAUUUGGUAUGCGCCUACAUAUACUUCAUAUUGUAGCAGUCACCUCUCUUGUAGACUGACUCAGAAAGCUUCCUUCCAGUCCAUAACAACUACCAUCCUAAUAUAUCAGUGUACUUUUUAUUUUGAUUUUUCAUCAGGGCUAGAAAUAUGAAUUUUCUAAGCUAAGUUUAAUUAAAGAUCGUGUCACACAGUCUGCAGAUCUGCAGGCUUCUAGUAUCAAGUAGGCCAUUCAACAAUUUCUGUACUAACUUUUCCUGUAUUUAAACAGUAUGAUCAGCACAUUGGAACAGGAUGCAGCCAACCUUCUAGUGAUCUGGCUCACUGUAUGGCACACUGCAUUGGGACUUUUGCAAAGUUCCAUUUAUUAAUGAUAUAUUCUCUGAAAAAGUAUGCAGAUAUUGUUAAAUUAGAAUCAUCAUAUUUACAUCAUGUCAUCUAAUUCUAAAUUCUUGGCAAUGAACUCUGAGGUAGUUCAGUUAAAUUUAAAAUUGUCCACAUGGCUGAGGAUCCAAGGUGAAAAAGUACGCACAGUUGAGGGGCAGAGGGGUUGUCCUUUAACUGGAACACAACAGACUACAUCAGACAGGCAGACAGACAGGACAAUGCUUACGUUUUUCUGAAGAUAAUCUAUAGUCAGAGAAGCAUCAUGAAGAUACUUGUUGGGGUUACAUUCACCUGAGAAGGUCAUGGCAUAAAUCCUUUAUAACCUUACUGAAGGUGGCAGAAAAUUGUUUUAAGAUUCAUAGUAGAGCUAGAAGGCUGUUGUUAGUAAAUGAAAGAAGCAGCGAUACAGUGCAGUUAGA